AGACAGUGGGUUUAUUAUCGAGUAUAAAAGUGAGGCUGUGGCAGAUUUCGCUGGCUUCCUCGGAGCCCGCUUGCCUCUCAAAUCUGUGCUGUUUGAAACAUUUAUCCAAAUUUUUCUUUCAUACAGCAUGGCUACAUCGAGUUCAGUGAGCCAGCUGUAUAAAACUGUAGUAGAGGAUGUAAUCAGCAACGUAAAGGAAGCCUUCCUCGACGAGGGAGUAGAUGAACAAGUGCUCACAGAGUUAAGACAGCUAUGGGAUACCAAGUUGACAUCCUCCAAGGCUCUAGAUGCACAGACUGCAGACCAAGACAUGAUUCCCAAAAUCUUUGUACCUCAUCAGCAGCCACAAGUGAUGGUGACUGGCACGACGGCGGUGCCGCAGGCCAUCCCUGUCCCCAUCCAGAUAGCAGCAGGAGCUGGCCAGGACAUGCUAAAGAGAAUUUCGAUUAGACCCCAAGGUGCAGCAGCGACAGCCACCAUGGCUCUGCCGCAGGGUCUGUUCCAGCACCAACUAGCAGCUCUCAACACAGCUGGAAACACCAUUCUGCAUACAGGUAACGGGCAGUACAUCCAGGUGUUAUCACAGCAUCUCCAGCAGGCUCCUCAAGCCACAACCAUCACAACUCUCCCCCAUCAAACUAUCCUCCAGAGUGGGCAGAUGCAAGCACAGGUCCCACAGAUGACCAACAUACAGAACGUUCAGCUUGCGCCAGGACAGCAGAUACGAGCACAAAAUCCUAAUGGCCAGGGGAUGGUACAGCUGGAUGGGGCUGGUGACACAAGUUCAUCUGAGGAUGAUGAGUACAACGACGAUGACGACAAUGAUGACAAUGAUGACGAGAACAAUGAGGAGGAAGAGCAGGGGGAAGAAGAGGAACCAUUGAACUCCGAGGAUGACGUGAGUGAGCAGGACCCUGACGAGUUGUUUGACACAGACAAUGUGGUUGUCUGUCAGUAUGACAAGAUAAACCGCAACAAAAACAAGUGGAAGUUUCAUUUAAAGGAUGGCAUAAUGAAUCUCAAUGGUCGUGACUUUGUGUUCCAAAAAGCAACAGGUGAUGCUGAGUGGUAGUGAGAGCUUGUGAUUCCUCAUUUGUACAGCGACUGUAUAUACAGUGUACAUAUCACACCGGACUCCUCACACAGAUUACAGAAGAAGUCAGUGGAGGUGGCUGGAGGGAGUCAAAUGGUCGUCAGGAUCUGCAAUAUUUCUACCAUGUUUGUUUUUGGGCCAUAAAUGAUACAAGUUAUUUUAUUGACUUUACAGAACGCUUCUGUUCUGUUCUGUUCUGAUCCCCAGUGCUACUAUCACAGCACAGAUUUGAUGUGAUGUUACAAUUAAUGAUUGAAGAUAUAUUCAGUUUGUAAUGAUUUGAUGCCUUGAUACAAAACAGACUGAUAUUUUUGUACUAUGGAGUUCCAAUGAGACUGUGCUAAUAGUAUUUGUUCAAUGCAGGAUGCACAACGUGCUGGUGUUGUUGUAAUUGAAUUCAAUGCUUAAUGACACAAUGAUAAAAUGUUCCUGUAUCUGUGACCCCUGUGGAGAUCCCAGGGCAGAGUAGGUUCCCAGUGUAAACCCUCCUGAGGCCAGAGUGUCCACUUGCCUUUUUAUCAAAGUCCUGUUUCCACCCUUGCCACUUUCAGCCCUCAUUUCCUGUGCUUGAUAUGAUUCAACUGUCGUACCUAUCGAUAGUCCAAUCACAGAACGUUUGGCAAAAUCAACAUCCACGACUGGUACACCUUUGUAUGAAAGUGAAUUACUGCUGCCUGUCUUCGUUAACACAAAUAUCAUCUUUUGAACCCCCCAACAAUUGCCUAUGUUUUUGUGUCGCGUGAAAUCACGGAUGUUUUUGUUAUCUGAUGGACUAGAUCAUCGCCUAUGGUAGUUGCCAUGUUUAUGAAGCUAUACAUGAUAAGACCAGCUCCUGAUUGGAUAUCGUGUUUUCAUUACAAGGGGCACAACUCGUGACCAAUGCGAGCCAAGAAAAGUGGCCUUGAUGCGGCAAGGUUAGAAACUAGGCCUUGAUAUAGGCUAGUGGACACGCCUUGAUGUGGCAAGGUUAGAAACUAGGCCUUGAUAUAGGCUAGUGGACACGCCUUGAUGUGGCAAGGUUAGAAACUAGGCCUUGAUAUGGGCUAGUGGACACGCCUUGAUGUGGCAAGGUUAGAAACUAGGCCUUGAUAUGGGCUAGUGGACACGCCUUGAUGUGGCAAGGUUAGAAACUAGGCCUUGAUAUAGGCUAGUGGACACGCCUUGAUGUGGCAAGGUUAGAAACUAGGCCUUGAUAUAGGCUAGUGGACACGCCUUGAUGUGGCAAGGUUAGAAACUAGGCCUUGAUAUGGGCUAGUGGACACGCCUUGAUGUGGCAAGGUUAGAAACUAGGCCUUGAUAUGGGCUAGUGGACACGCCUUGAUGUGGCAAGGUUAGAAACUAGGCCUUGAUAUGGGCUAGUGGACACGCCUUGAUGUGGCAAGGUUAGAAACUACAGUAGGCUUUGAUAUAGGCUAGUGGACACGCUUGCCUCUGGAAGAUGCAGUACACCAAGCUUUUGUACCAUUUGGGAAGAAUUAGACCACACUCAGUUCCAUUUGCCUGUGUCCUCCAUGGGAAGAAUAGGUCCCCAUGGUACCCCUUGCUUGUCAUAGGAGCCAACGUGAAUGAGGAUCACAGUGUCACUUAGAUGGUUGUGUGUCAUCCUACCUACACAGUGUGGAUGAAUGCUCUUGCAAUUGGUCACUGAUUUCUCUGGAUCAGAGUCUCUUAUGCCAGGCUAUUGUAUUACUGUUUACAGAUUUAUCUAACCGGUCAGCCUGAAUUUGUGUGGAUUGUAAAUAUCUUACGUUUGGGUUUGUCAGGUGUUUUUGGUUUAAAAAAAUUUAAUUUCAGUCGUGAAGAUUGGUAUUUAUACAAAACAUAUAUUUAUUUCGAAAAGGCUUUGUACUCUUUGUAAGGUGUUUGUACGGGCCAGAGGCUUCAUAAGAUGCAUUUGAUCCAAAACAAAAAUCAAAGUUAAUAAAUAGUUUUGUAUUAUUUAUUUUCUGAUCCAAAUUUUGAGUGGUGGGACAAAUAUGAAUAGAUUAUUGAAAGAAUAAGAAAUACAGCCUUGUGUACAGCCAGCCAUAUAUUUUCGGGAAACAUUGCAUAAAACAACCUUCACUCACUCCUGUAUGUGUUCCUUGAGUCAGGGUAAGAAUUAUCAAGAAAGCCUUGGCGUGAAAUCCAUGAUUCAUUUUGGACUAGUUCUCCCAGUAAUUGAGCUGGUAUCGUCGAGAAAAACUUCUAGUCCAUAUUGUUUUCCCGCAGCUUGGACAUGCAGACAGGUGUUGUAUGUCCAACCCUUAUGUGUGUUUGUGUGCAUAGGAAUGACAGGAGAGUAAUGACAGCAGUAAACAUGACUGUAACAUUAGUGGUCAACAUUUGCAAAUCUCUCUUCCAUUGUACUUCAGUUACAUAAUUAGUCCAUUUAUCAUGGUAAUCAUUCUGAAUGUGCGAGAAUGGCUAUUAAAUCAAAUUAUCGGUUACAUUUGAAGGGGUUUAAUGGUAUGAAAGAACACUUGAAACGGUGCAUGGUUUAAAUCAAAAUGGUAGAUGGGUUUGUUUGUAUAAAGUAAAGGUAGAGAAAUGUAUAUUGCAAUGAUUUUAUUUAAUGAAAAGUGUUGGGAGAUGAGUGUUGUCAUGUCCCUAUCAUUUUGUUGGUGAAAGGAUCUCUGAAGUUGUAGCACUUUCUGCAGUUGCAGGAGAGGUUGUCCAAAGAAGGCCUUUUGUAUAAACGUUUUAUGAAUGUUUACGAUCAAUCCAAUCACAAAGAAUGUAUGUUGUCUAAGUUUGUAAGUCAAGUGAAUGUUGCUACUAGUGUAAUAGCCUGUACAUUUGGUAUUUUGGCCAUAUGUAGUCAGUAUUGCCAUACCAUAUACCAUUCAAACAGGGAUUUACAUCGAGUUAUUUAUGUACCAGGGUGCCGUUGUACAAAACAACCUUAGCACUACGCCUGUCGUAAGUCUAUGUUAAGGUAUGGGAGUUACGAUCCCCUUAGCGCUAAGAUCGCUUUGUACAAUGGCACUCAGGACAACAUUCUGUGAGAAAGUCCUGUUCACUAGUUUCAGACUAGCUAACUGAUAACCUUGUAUAAGGUUAUGGUUGCCUUCGAUUAAAAUUUUAUUUGUUCGUC